AUGAUCGCAAAGCCAUUGCCUGUCCGCGACUCACAGCCCAAACCUAAAGACGGCAAAAAGGCAGCCGGCAAGAAGCCAAUCGAGACAAAAAAGCAGAAUGGUCCGGCUACUAGCAGACGCAAGGGCGCUUUGGAUGACGAUACACCAAAGGCCUUCCAGCGGCUGAUGCAAUACCGAACGACCGGCAAACGGGCCCCGUCAGGGCUCGAGACGGGCGAGAAACGCGAAAAUAAAAAGCGCAAGCGCAACAAGACGAACGGAGAUGAUGAGUCUCAACCCGCACAGACCGAGCCAAACCCCGCUGCGACAACCAAGCAUGCCAUGCCAAAGAUCCUGCCGGGAGAGAAGCUGUCUGAUUUUUCAGCGCGCGUAGACCGCACGUUGCCCCUCUCAUCGAUGACCAAGUCGUCUACCCAUGGCGGGCCUAAGAUUCGCGAUCACAAGAUGACGAAGCAUGAGAAACAUCUACGGCGGUUACAGGCUGGCUGGCGAGAAGAGGAAGCCAAGAUCCGCGAGCGGGAGGAGGCAGAGCGUGAUGAGCGGGCUGCUGAUAUGGAGGAAGAGCUUGAGCUGCUGAAACAGUGGGAGGCGGAGCUGCGUGGUGCGAAAGCAAAGAAAAAGCGGACCGUCGCUAAAAAGAAGAAGGGCUCUGGGGGUGCCGAUGCGACUGGCGAUGAUGAUCCAGAUCCAUGGGCAAAAUUGAAGAAGCGAGACAAGGAGCGGCAAGCUAAUCCUUUCGACUUUGCCCAGGCUCCACCAGAGCUGGCUAAGCCCAGAGAAAUCUUCAAAGUUCGUGGAGGAGCCAAGGUAGACGUUGCAAAUGUCCCUAGUGCUGUGGGUAGUCUGAGACGCCGAGAGGAACUGGCUUCAGAAAGACGGAACAUCGUGGAGGAGUACCGACGACUGAUGGCCGAGAAGCGUGGGGAGAUAUGA